CUACAGAACUCAUCUUUUGAUCCCGGGGGUUGGCUCUACCCUCCUGAACCAGUCGAUGGACAUGCGAGGUUGGAUCUGCGGGUCUAUCCGCGAUACAAUUUCUACCUCGCGGGCGAGAAGAAGGGGGAAUUCAUCAUAGACACGCCGGUUCAAACGUCCGCAGGGACCGCGUACAAGAACGAGACAUUCGACUACAAGGCCGCAAAUAAGAGCGAAAAGGUUCCCUUCACGUGGAUGAACGUGCAGAUCACGAACAUCCAGACGAAAGCCAUCCUCGUGAACUGGACUAGAAUUCCCGUGAACACGACCGGCAACGUCGUGAAGUUCGACCUCUCAUCCUUCCCAGCGGACCUUUCACACCCAUGGACCGUUAACGCCAUAGGCGCAUCCCCAGAUGGACUUCAGACAUACUACUCUGGCGCCCAGGUCAGCGUACUCCCACCACGAAACGACGCUGGCUCCGUCGCGCGCAUCGACAACCUCCACGGCGGCAUCCAGACGCAAUCCUCCCUCACGAACGGCACCUGGAAGACCCUCUUCCCCUACUCCUUCUACACCUCCUGGGACUGGAUCUCCUCCACGAUAACCAACACAUCUUCCACCAAAAACCUCACCACCUUCCGCUCCCUCGGCUACAACCUCAUCCACCCAGUCCCGCCAGGGGGCUCCGACCCCUUCGACGCCGCCCUCUUCGAUCGCUUCCUCACCAUCUGCGACUCCCUCUCCCUCUACGUAAUGUACGACAUGCGGCACACCUACCGCAAUACCACCUCCGUCUCCCUCCAACUCUCCCGCCUCCAACACCACCCCUCCCUCCUCCUGUACUACACCGCCGACGAACCGGACGGCCACUCAGACCCCCUCAACGCAACCCGCCUCUCCUAUGCCCACAUCCGCUCCCUCGACCCCUACCACCCCGUCUCCCUAGUCCUCAACUGCGCAAACUUCCACUUCGAAGCGUACACCUCGGGCGCCGCGGACAUCAUCCUCGAAGACGUCUACCCGAUCGCGGUCAACACGUCCUUCUCCACCGUCUACCACACCACCUGCAACACCACCUACGGCGACUGCGGCUGCGACAACUGCCACGCCAACGACCCGGACUACCCUUCCUACGUCCGCAACCCGUUCCUCGACAUCUCGACGCGGGUGGACGCACUGUAUGCGUUCCAAGGCUGGCUGAAGCAGAGCGGGGGCCACGAGCCGCAGACGAAGCCGAUAUGGGGCGUGCCGCAGGCGUUCUUCGACGAGGGGAGCUUUUGGACGAGGUGGCCGACGGGGAGGGAGGAGCUGGUCAUGGCGAUGCUGAGGGUCGUGCAUGGCGCGAAGGGCAUCGUCGCGUGGAUUUAUCCGACGAGUGGGGAGAUUGAGGAUGCGACGGCGGGGCUGGCGAGGGUGUUUGAUGGGGGUGGUGGGGGGAAGGGGGAGGAGGAUGUCGCGGCGUUCGUGCUGGGUGCGAAGAGGACGAUGUUGGUGGUUGAGGGGGGUGAUGGGCUGGUUGACGCGGCGGCUUGGAUUAAGGGGAGUGUGGCACUCGUUGCGUACGUUCAUAUGUCGUAC